AUGGCAGACGACGAGUUCGACAUCGACAUUUACGGUGAUACCAAUACUGAACAAGAAGCAGAGAGUGGAUCCAAGAAAGAUGAAGAGGGUGAUGUGAAAAUCGACACUUUUGAGCCAGCCAAUGGACACGCUACAAAUUCCAGCAGCAUCGUGAAGCACGAAGAGGAGGCAGAUGACGAUGAUGUUGACAUCAAGUUGACGAACGGCCAAGAUAUCAGAACGAACGGUCAACAGAAGAUCAAGAGCACUGAUGAAUCUGGAGCUGACUCUUUGAACAUCCCCAAGCAAGCCCCACAGCAGCAAGGUGUGAAGAGAAAAGAAGGAUCUGACGAUCGUGCAAUCGAUCCCGGAGCGACCACAGCAUUACUGAUAUCUGAUUUGAACUGGUGGAAUACGGAUGAUGAUGUGCGAGGCUGGGUUAACCAAGCCCAGGUUGAAGAUGAGCUGAAGGACAUUACAUUCUCCGAGCACAAGGUCAAUGGCAAGAGCAAAGGACAAGCUUAUAUUGAAUUCUCUUCGCAACAAGCAGCGACUGCAGCCAAGCACAAGAUCGAUGCUUUUGGAGAAGGCCAACAAUAUGUGAAGAAGCAUACAGUCACCUACUCCAACCCCAAUGUCAACCCUUUCCGCACAUUGCCAAAGGAUGCUCCUGCCAGAGCAGGUAAAGACGGACCUAGUAAUCGUGCCACUUCUGGAGGUUAUAACAACGAAAGAGGAAACAGCCAUAAUGGCAACUUUGGAGGAAACUUCCGAGGACGAACGCCUGGAUACAACGCUCGUGGAGGUAUGAACAACAACAUGAAUAAUUUCAACCGAAAUUUUUCUGGCCCCGCGAUGAAUAACAACAUGGUUGGUGGGGGUUUCAACUCACCGAUGGGCGGGUUCCCGAAUAAUCCCAUGAACGGGCAAUUUGGAGGAUUCAAUCGUGGCGGUAUCAUGGGUGGUAUGCGAGGUGGACCCGGCAUGAGAGGCCGAGGUGGCAUGAACAACAAUAUGAUGGGUAUGCCGAUGGGAGGCAUGCCAAUGGGCGGUAUGCCGGGAGGCAUGGGUGGUAUGCCCAUGGGUAUGGGCCAGAUGGGCGGUAUGCCAGGCGGUGGCUUCCAAGGCAUGCAACAACCACAUUUCAACCCUGCCUUCUUCCCUCAAAAUCAGGCUGCUGGUGGCGAUUGGCAAAAUCCCCACGGAGCUAAGCGACCACGGCCAGAAUAA